AAUUGAAUGUCCUCUAUCUUCCCUCGGCUGCCCUUUACUUGUAAUUUCCUCUUGUCUUAUCUUCUCUUUUGUUGACGAGUUUAUUUUUCCCGGCGAAAUUCGGAUUGCGAGAUCUCGUCCGACUCACCAUCGGGCUGCUUCCACUCCUCUUUUUCUCUCUGUACGCACGCAAUAAUAAUGAAUCCCGAGUACGAUUAUCUGUUUAAGCUUCUGCUUAUUGGAGAUUCUGGUGUUGGAAAAUCAUGUCUUCUCUUGAGAUUUGCUGAUGAUUCAUAUAUUGACAGUUACAUCAGCACAAUAGGAGUCGAUUUUAAAAUACGCACUGUGGAGCAAGAUGGGAAGACCGUUAAACUUCAAAUAUGGGACACUGCUGGGCAAGAACGAUUUAGGACAAUCACCAGUAGCUACUACCGUGGGGCACAUGGUAUCAUUAUUGUUUAUGAUGUAACGGACCAAGAGAGCUUUAAUAAUGUCAAGCAGUGGCUAAGUGAAAUUGAUCGCUAUGCUAGUGAUAGUGUCAACAAACUUCUGGUUGGAAACAAGUGUGAUCUCACUUCUAAUAAAGUUGUGUCAUAUGAAACAGCUAAGGCAUUUGCAGAUGAAAUUGGAAUACCUUUCAUGGAAACCAGUGCAAAAGAUUCUACAAAUGUAGAACAAGCUUUCAUGGCCAUGGCUGCUGCAAUCAAGGAUAGAAUGGCAAGUCAACCAGCCAUGAACAAUGCAAGACCUCCAACGGUAGAGAUCCGAGGUCAGCCUGUUGCGCAGAACAGUGGCUGCUGCUCCUCUUAAGUAUCAAUGUAUUAAUAACUUCAGUUUGCUCUAGUCUGCUGGAUGUUGUGGUGUGUAAGAUUACACUUAUCUUUUAGUCGUUUGAAUUGAAAACAUGUAUCUUCUGGACCUACAUUAAAAACAGGUCUCCUUAAUGAUUUUAAAACCAAUGCUUGGAGGAUCGCAUUCUUUCUACACACUUGUUUAUGAAGGCUUGUACAAAGUAGAAAUGCCAAUGAAUGUUAGUCUUCUUCGUUCUGUCA